GGAGACAAGGGGAUAGGGGGACAGCGAGAGUGUGAGGGAAAGGAAAGAGAGCUGCUUCCCUUGGUGCUUUUAAUUGGCUGAACAUUACUUGUUCGCUCAGCAUUUUUAAGUGACCUUUUUUUGGUUUCUUUGUUUUUAUUGCCAUAGGAGUCACGGACUAGCGCACGCCCCCCUGUCGGGCAACAUUAGCGCCUUCCCUGCCCUCCAAUGUUAAUAUCUGUCUGAGAGUGUUCCCUGGGGCUGACAAUGAAAGCAGCCAUCCCUUGGGCAGUGGAAUUGGGACUGACGGUGCUGUACACGGUGCUUUGUUCUGCACUCUUCCUCACCAUAUACGUGCAGCUCUGGCUGCUUUUACACUACAAACAGAAGAGGUUCGGCUACCAGAGCCUCUUCCUGUACCUGUGCCUCCUGUGGGCAUCUUUUAGGACCGUUCUCUUCUCGUUUUAUCUUAAAAACUGUGCCCAGUCCAAUGACCUGCAACCUUUCCCCAGCUGGCUCCUGUAUUGCUGCCCUGUGUGCUUGCAGUUCUCCACUUUGUGUCUCCUUAAUGUUUAUUUUUCGCAGGUUAUUUUUAAAGCCAGGUGUUCUCCAGAGUUUAACAAAUACAAAACUCCUCUUCGUUUGGGAUUUUUAUUCACAUGCCUUCUUUUUUUGGUCGUCAACCUGUGCUGUAUCCUGAUUACUUAUGGCAGCGUAUCGGCUGACCAGCAAGGUUGGAUAACCAUGACAAGAACGAUAGUUAGUGAUUGUCUCUUUGCGGCUUGUUCACUUACAUUGGCGAAGAACACCUACAAAAUUGCAAACUUGUCCCCAGCCUAUGUCUACUUGGAAUCUAAGGGCACAUCUGGGCAUCAAGCAGUUGUAACGGGAUCAGUAAUUAGCUUACUCUAUAUUUUGAGGGCCUGCUACAAUUUGGUUGUAAUUUCUAUAUCUCCAGAGAACAAGCCAAGUCCUUUUAGCUAUGGAUGGAAUGGUGUCUCUGAUCAUGCUGUUACAGAGGAUGUUAUUGGCCUAGAAUAUCUGCUGUUUGGAAUUAUUAUUCUCCUUUGUGAGCUCUUGCCAAUGGGCUUGAUGGUGUAUUUCUUUCGUGCAAAAAGGUUAAGCCAAAACCUGGAAGCUGCAGGGAUGGUGAACAGUCACAGUUUUGGAUCCCGAGCAUACUUUUUUGAUAACCCUCGAAGAUACGAUAGUGAUGAUGACUUGCCAAGGCUUGCUUCUGCUAGAGGGGAACGAGGAAGUUUGUCUUCUACCCCCAAAACAUCUGCAUGGUAUGGAGCAAUUUGUCCAAGUAACGGCUGUGCCCUCUCGCCACCUCUGCUUAAUGGACCUCCUUCAGGGACUCCAAUAUUGUUUACAUGUGGAGCACAAACACUGGCAUAGCUGGUGCUAUUUACCACACCAUUGAACUGCACCUUUUCAGCUGUCUAUUAACCGGAGACAACAGGCAGCUCGUGUUUUUGUUUACGUUUAAAAAUGACGGUAUCGGCACAUACAUUCCGUUUCCUGCGCCGCUCAAACCUAGCUUUUGUUACUAAGCUCAAGACCCAAUCUUGGCACUAUUCAAGGCAGCUGGGUGGACUCUUGCCUAUAGAUGUAUACAUUAUUGCCUAUUUGCACCUGUGUUUCCCAUUCAUCAGGCUCAGGUUCUACCAGCAAGAAAUAGCACUGGGUAAACCUGCAAUCCAGCCAGUUUAGAUGGAGUCAAAUCUCAGCAUUUCAAGCAGCUCUCCUCUUGUUCAUAAAGCCUGCCAGCCUACAAGAAACAACAGCUCUGUGUUCUGUAAUGCAAGGGGAUUUUUAUUAUUUUAAGACAUAUCUUCAAAAGUGACUUUUGGUAUUAGAGAACUGACAAAACUCAUAGCAUAGAACUUUAUUUUGUUUUCACUGCUGGUUUUGCAUUGGAAGAGAAUUUCUUAUUCAAUAUUCAGUACAGAUAAGUUAUUUCUAACUGCUUACAUGGAGUGCCUUGACGAUGCAUAGGUAUAGCGCGUUAAUAAAGGGAAAGUAUCACACAGGUUACUUGUGCUUCCUAUAAGAACCGGAAGACUACACAAGUGCAUUCUUAAACUGGGGUAAGUCCAAACCAUUGGUUAUAGACCCAAGAAGGAAAAUAGCUUGGCUUUGCUUCUUAAACAUGAAACCAUUUUAGUUUUACACUUGCCUUAACAGAUGACAUUUGCAGGUUUUCUGUGAUACUUUCCUUUUAAUAGCCGUCCUGUCCAUCUUCAUUUGUGUUUUCUCUGACAAAAGGUUUCCAUGUUUUUCUAAAACAAGCAUUAAAGUGCUCUGGAUUAUGUGCUCUGCCAUAAUGAACCUUCAAGGAAGUGCUUAAUGUAAGGAGAAUUAAGACAGAAAUCCCUAUUUUCUACUCAUCUGUGGUAGUUUACACUCAUAACAGAUGGACCGUUCUUAAAUAUCCAUCAUCUCAAGAAGAAACAGGCAUGUGAUUCUAUGAUAGGUUAGCUUGGCAGAUCACAUGCACAUAUAGAGAACCCUACAUCUUCAUUGUUUACAGUAGACCUUCCCUGUGUGUGGCCAAUGCUGCUGGCAAACUAUGUAUAAGGGUGGAGUGUGGCAUGUUUGUUUGCUUCUCAAGCACAUGGCAGUGGGUGACUGUUUAGACAAAUUGCUUUUACUUUACCUCCCUUUUCCCAUAGCUGAGCUGCCAGUGUUACUUGGCUAGUACUUGUAAAAGUUCUGUUCUAGUUUAGUUGCAGUUCGGCUUGUUCUUUAGCCAGUCUAAUGACAUUUAGUACCGUAGUAGAGCAAGCCUGCUAAAUGGCUUAAAAGCAUCAGUUGGGUAUAAUAUAUUCAGAGAAAUUCAUAUUUGCUAGAUUUAACCAUUUAAGGGUGGUUACAAAAUUAAUGGUAUUGUUGGCACAGUUACUUUGUUAUAUCCUAAAAACUACUUUUUAGGGUUCAGGGUUUGGAAAUGAGAAAGCAGGUUAUAGGUUAUUUAAAUGGUCUAUAAACAAAACAUCACAUAUAUUAACCAUCACACAAAAUGAAAACAUACCUUUUCAGUUGUGAAAUUGCAAGCAGUGCUGGCAUGCCCAGAAAGCCUGUGGCUUAAUGUUUUGCUGGCAAGACACAUUGAACAGGCUUCCCAUUAUCUGCUUAUGCUGAUUUUUUCUAGUGAAAUAAAUGUAUGUGCAUGCAUUGCAAUUCUGGGGUUUUGUACAUGCCCAACGAUGCCUUUUUUGGUGCUGGCUUGGAUUUUAUACUGGAGAAAUAGAGGGGGGUCUCAUACCAGAAAGGUUUCUGUCAGUAUUAAUGCAAGUCUCUCACCUACAUUAUUUGUGACUCUCAGUAUGGCUUCGAUACAUUUUGGCUUGUGAAUUUUCUACUUGCUGAUAGUAUUAUUAUAUGUAUUACCGGCUCUGUGUUUUUGUUCCACCAGCAAGGCCAACUUGAGCAAUAUUUCACUGUGCUACUUUUCACUUUAUUCAGUUUGAUAUUUGAAAUGAAAACAUGAGCAAAGUCUUAGCCUGCAAGAGAGUUCUUUGAAAGCACAACAGAUAAUUUUGGUGAAAAAUCUACUAUUCAGAAGAGAGAGUGAGAAAGGUACUAAGUGACUAAUGAGAGCGCUCUAUUCUGUAAAACAAAUGUGAUUACGUUUGCUUGGCAUUCAAGAUAAAGCUUUAUUAUUUGCACUUCUCUAAGAACCCUGGUGCCCAAACUCAAGUACCGAGUAAGGUAGGAAGUUAUUGGGUGACUAUUGGAGUUUGUGAUAACAAGGUUCUUUAGUAAAUGGUAGCUAAUGUUGUUUACAGUUCUAGCAUCUAUUGUCAUGAGCAGUAGCAUGCAUGUUACAACAAACUUCUUCAUAACUUUUUACAAACAGGAUUGUAUAAUGGGCGCCCCACCUUAACACUCCUAGUAAACUUCAAGUUAUAACUAGCAGUGGGAUGCUGUAGUUCAGCAACAGUUUACUAAUGUCUGCUGAAAAGAAUUUGUACUCAAAAUGCCCUGGAAUUUUAUUUUUGCUUCUCAAAAGAAAUAUUUUGUAUCCCAGACUUAUAAAUGAGGGCCUAGUACCUCUUAUUCAUGCUAUUGUAAGGCCAUAGAAGUGUUUUGACUGGCCCAUUAGUUGCAUAGAACGCCUCUCCCUUCACCAAAGAGUACAAAAGAGAGAAGUGAUUUUGUGAAGCACUAGGUGCACUUUACAGUAUAGAAAGAAGAAAAGGCAUAAAUGCCUCUUGCACCACAGCACUUGAAUCUGUUGUUCUUCCAUCCUUUAAUGAAAUGUGAGCCCCAAGUUCUGUGUCUUGCUUAUAAAGAAAGAGGGUCUGCCCCAGUGCUGAUAAUGCUUUAUAUUGAAAUUUGUAGAACAUGAGUAAAUUUGCCUUAUUGAACUUAUUUUCCUCUUAUAUAAAGAUUUUGGCAGGCAGUGUUCAGGAUAUUAAAGGUGCUGCCCCAGCCAUGACUGAGUUAAUAUGCUUGAAUAUUGUAACUAUGGGUGUUUGUUGGUGCCAUCCCACUACCUAAUGUAUCUGCUUGCCAGCUGAUUUUCUCCAAUGCAUGCAUCGGUCAUUGGCAAGAGAUUGCCUCUACCCAGAGCCAAACCUGAAGUCACCAAAGCACAUUGGGGCUGUGCUUCUCUAGCUCUUAUUAAGCUACAUUUCCCAGCAUCACUAACUAGAUUCUUUGUGGGCUGGAGACAAAAGUGGUUCUAGUUCAGCAAACACUGGAGAGUCACAUGGCAACUAAAGAUUCUAAAUGCUUAACACUGGUACUAAACAUGCAGUAUCAAAAUGUAAGUGGCCAAUGAAUGUACACACUUUCCACAUUUACCAAACUCUAAUGAAGCACUACCAUUUGAAAAUAAAGUUUUAUUUGCACUCA